GUACGCGCCGAUGCACAAUUGAGUCAGCCACGUGCAAAUUUUAUGAGAUUUUGACGGGGUGUCGGUAUUUGUUGUCACGCUCACUUAUUUGACUGAUGUGUUUGUGUGAAUUUGCCAAUCUACAUGUCAAUAGCUAAUGGUGCUGAGACAGAACCAACUCUUCCACCAUCUGUGGAAACAAAACUGGGGGGGCCAGAAAGCUGAAUUCUACAUCGAGAUGAAAUUCCGCGUUGGUAAUCGCUAUAACAUAAGUCUAAUCCAAACGACUGUGAUUGGUUAAUUCUGAUCUACGCUGAGAAAAUGAACAGGAUCAUGCGUCCUGAUGAUGCCAACAUUGUUGGUAAUGUUCAUGGUGGCACUAUCCUGAAGAUGAUUGAGGAAGCAGGUUGCAUCAUUGGCACACGCCACUGCAAUACUCAAACUGGGGAUCGCUGUGUAGCUGCUUUGGCCCGGGUGGAGCGCACAGACUUCCUGUACCCAAUGUUCAUCGGUGAAGUAGCCCAUGUCAGUGCUGAGAUUACCUACACCUCCAAACACUCAGUCGAGGUGCAGAUCAAUGUUCUCUCAGAGAACAUAGUCACAGGUACCAAAAAAGUGACCAACAAGGCAACGCUGUGGUAUGUUCCACUCUCCCUUCAAAAUGUGGCUAAAAUCAUCGAAGUUCCUCCUAUUGAGUACUCCAGCUCAGAGCAGGAGGAAGCAGGAAAAAAGAGAUAUGAGGCUCAGAAAUUAGAGCGAUUAGAGACCAAAGAGAGGAAUGGUGAGAUCCUCAUGUCUGUUUCUCUUCCAGAUAGACAGACAAAAGAGCCUUACACUGUUGCAUUUAGUCAGUCAAGUCUGAUCCACCUCAUUGGCCCAUCUGACUGCACGAUGCAUGGCUUUGUACAUGGAGGUGUGACAAUGAAGCUCAUGGAUGAGGUCGCAGGGAUUGUUGCUGCCCGUCAUUGCAAGACCAACAUUGUGACGGCAUCUGUGGAUGCCAUUAACUUCCAUCGUAAGAUCAAGAAAGGCUGUGUCAUUACUGUUUCCGGGCGAAUGACCUUCACCAGUAACAAGUCAAUGGAGAUUGAGGUUUUUGUUGAUGCUGAAUCACUGGUGGAGGCUGAGAAGGGAAAAUAUAGGGCUGUCACAGCCUUUUUCACCUAUAUCUCCCUGGACAAAGACAACAAGCCCCUUCCUGUGCCACCACUGAAGUUGGAAGGUGAAGAGGAGCAGAAGCGGUUUGAAGAAGGGAAAGCGCGCUACCUGCAGAACAAAGCAAAGAGACUCGCAGAUAAGGAGCGUCAACAAUGAUUUUAACAACGCAAACACCAUAUUGUGUUGUAGAGGAAAAUUCUGGAAUAAUAGAGCAUCAACGUACAACCUACUAUAUCAAGAACCUCUCUUUUAUUCUAAAUGUAGCUCACCCAAUAGAAAGAAAAAUAUAGGUUUGACUAUUGUCUGCAUUUACCAAAGCACUUUGUGUGUAUAUUUAUCUCAAGUGAAACAAAAAAUUUAAAUGUUUUAUUGUAACAAGUUAUUUGUGAAAUCUGCAGAACUGUAUUAUGCACAAAUAAAAGCCUACUAAUGUAGCAACUGA